AUGGACCAAAUCAAAACAUCUAUGUUCUUGAGCUUUGCUGCUGCUGGUUGCUCUUUCUCUCUGCACUCUUGCUUGUUGCUUGCUCUCUUUGAUAUUGUCGAUGCUUGUGCUAAAGAAACAUUGAAAGUUAUAAUUGCGGACUUGAAUGGAGAUUAUUUUGGUAUAUUAGUUGAUGAAUCCAAAGACAUCUCACACAAAGAACAAAUGGCUCUUGUUUUGAGAUAUGUUGAUAAAAAGGGUGAAGUAGUGGAACGAUUUAUCGGUCUUGUCCAUGUUAGUAAUACAUCGGCUUGCUCAUUGAAGAAAGAAAUUUAUUCUUUGCUUGCCGAUCAUUCACUCGGUCCAUCCAAAAUACGUGGGCAAGGUUAUGAUGGAGCUACUAUUGCUAAAAAACAUGUGGAAGUUGAAGACUUUUUUUAUCAUGUUACUAAUGUGUUGAAUGUUAUUGGAGGAUCUUUUAAACGUCGAGAUUUACUUCGUCAUCACCAAGCCGAAAAGUUGAAAUUGCAAGAUAUGAGAGAGAAUGGGUGGGGAUCUUUGUUGAAUGAUAUUUCUUCAUUUUGUGAUUCACAUGAUAUCUUGAUUCCCAAAUUAGAUGAGCCUUAUUUUCCCGGAAAGUCAAAGCUGAGUAGUGAUUUGCUUCUUGGGAUGGGUAGCUUAAAUCCUGUCAAUUCUUUUUAUAACUUUGACAAAGAUAGAAUCAUGGCUUUAGCAAAGUGUUAUCCAAAUGAGUUUGAUGAUGGAAAGCUUCGAGAUUUGAGUUACCAACUUGAUACCUUCAUAAUUUAUAUGCGAGGUGGUAAUGCCAAGUUCUCCAACUUGCAAGGAAUUCAUGAUUUGGCAAAGGCAUUAGUUGAGACCAAAAAGAUGAAUAAUCCAAUUGAAUUACUUGGCACCCGUGAAGGAAUGCCGCUUCCGGCGAUGGAUGGGCUGGUGGCUUCGAUUAGACUCGCUGGUUUAACAUAUUUUUGA